CCAAUCCAGACCAGUGACCACACUGGUGGCAGGACUAUAUGUCAAAUUGUCAAAUAGUUAAUUUUUGUUGUGGUUAAAAUAAAAAGUGUUGUUUUCAUUUUAUGCAAUAUUAAACUAUAAUUAUCAAAAUGGAGUGCAUUGUGGCCAACGUGGACCACAUAAAAUUCGACAUUGAAGUGGCUCUAGAUGAGCAAUUCGGCGCUUUGCCCUUACCAUUUCCCGGAAUGGACAAAUCAAUUGCGGCCGUUUGUCAGUUUUACACUUCAAUACAAGGCUGUCAAAAGGGCCCCCAAUGCCCGUUUCGUCACGUGCGAGGCGACCGAACCAUUGUGUGCAAACACUGGCUGAGAGGUCUUUGCAAGAAAGGCGACCAGUGCGAGUUACACGAGUAUGACAUGACGAAAAUGCCCGAGUGUUACUUCUAUUCGAGAUUUAACGCUUGUCACAAUAAAGAGUGUCCGUUUUUACACAUAGAUCCUGAGAGUAAAAUCAAGGAUUGUCCUUGGUAUGACCGUGGGUUUUGUCGACAUGGGCCCCACUGUCGUCACAGACACGUGCGCAGGGUUUUGUGUACGAAUUACUUGGCCGGCUUUUGCCCCGAAGGGCCAAACUGCAAGUAUGUGCACCCAAGGUUUGAGUUGCCUGCGCCCCCUGAUCAGGUGCAGAAGGACAAGAAAGCCACUCCUGUUAUUAUUUGUCACUUCUGUAACGAACAUGGACACAAGGCGAUACAUUGUAAUAAGAUGAAUAGUGAUAACAGAGACGCCUUAAAUGACGAGAAUCGAAAACAGAAUGAUCAUUAUGAGCCUCAGAACUCUUAUUUGCAGAAGAUGUUGCCUAAGAAGCUGGAAGACGUUACUUGUUACAAAUGUGGUACAAAGGGGCAUUACGCAAAUCGGUGCCCUAAAGGGCACUUGGCGUUUUUGUCACAGGCCAAGAGCAAUCAGGAUGGACAAGGUGAUCAAUAAGAGUGGUGAUCGUUUUUAAAUAAUAUUUAAAGUUAUUCAAACUAUUGUAUUUAUUCUAUAGAAAAAUAAACAACAAUUUUUACGAGUAGA